UGGCGGCCGCGGCCGCGAUGAUGGAGAUCCAGAUGGACGAGGGCGGCGGCGUGGUGGUGUACCAGGACGACUACUGCUCGGGCUCGGUGAUGUCGGAGCGCGUGUCGGGCCUGGCGGGCUCCAUCUACCGCGAGUUCGAGCGCCUCAUCCACUGCUACGACGAGGAGGUGGUCAAGGAGCUCAUGCCGCUCGUGGUGAACGUGCUGGAGAACCUGGACUCGGUGCUGAGCGAGAACCAGGAGCACGAGGUGGAGCUGGAGCUGCUGCGCGAGGACAACGAGCAGCUGCUCACGCAGUACGAGCGCGAGAAGGCGCUGCGCAAGCAGGCCGAGGAGAAAUUCAUUGAAUUUGAAGAUGCCUUGGAACAAGAGAAGAAGGAGCUCCAAAUCCAGGUGGAACACUAUGAGUUUCAGACACGUCAGCUAGAACUGAAGGCCAAAAACUAUGCAGAUCAAAUCUCGCGACUGGAAGAGCGGGAGUCGGAGAUGAAGAAGGAGUACAAUGCCCUGCACCAGCGGCACACAGAGAUGAUUCAGACCUAUGUGGAGCACAUCGAAAGGUCCAAGAUGCAACAGGUUGGGGGGAGCGGCCAGACAGAGAGCAGCCUGCCAGGGCGGAGUCCUCGCCAGUCGUGGAGGAAAAGCAGGAAGGAGCGCCCCACCUCUCUGAAUGUCUUCCCCCUGGCUGACGGCAUGGUACGUGCACAGAUGGGGGGCAAGUUCGUGCCUUCGGGGGACCACUGGCACCUGAGUGACCUCGGCCAGCUGCAGUCCAGCUCCAGCUACCAGUGUCCAAACGAUGAAAUGUCAGAGUCGGGCCAGUCCUCAGCAGCUGCCACGCCCAGCACCACAGGCACCAAAUCUAACACACCCACAUCCUCUGUGCCCUCGGCUGCUGUCACUCCACUCAACGAGAGCCUGCAGUCCCUGGGGGACUGUGGUGGUGGCACAAAGAACAACAAGCGAGCCCGGGAGAAGCGCAACAGCCGCAACAUGGAGGUCCAGGUCACCCAGGAGAUGCGAAACGUCAGCAUAGGCAUGGGCAGCAGUGAUGAGUGGUCUGAUGUUCAGGACAUUAUCGACUCUACCCCAGAGCUGGACGUGUGUCCAGAGACCCGUCUGGACCGCACUGGAAGCAGCCCAACCCAAGGGAUUGUGAACAAAGCUUUUGGCAUCAACACUGACUCCCUGUACCAUGAGCUAUCCACAGCAGGGUCCGAGGUCAUCGGGGAUGUGGACGAGGGGGCCGACCUUCUAGGGGAGUUCUCAGUGCGCGAUGAUUUUUUUGGAAUGGGCAAAGAAGUGGGGAACCUGCUGCUGGAAAACUCACAGCUUCUAGAAACCAAAAAUGCUUUAAAUGUGGUGAAGAAUGACCUCAUUGCCAAAGUUGACCAACUGUCAGGGGAGCAAGAGGUGCUGAAGGGGGAGCUGGAGGCAGCCAAGCAGGCCAAAGUCAAGCUGGAGAACCGAAUCAGAGAGCUGGAAGAAGAGCUGAAGAGAGUGAAGUCUGAGGCAGUCACCGCUCGCCGUGAACCCAGAGAAGAGGUGGAGGAUGUGAGCAGCUAUCUCUGUACAGAAUUGGACAAAAUCCCCAUGGCCCAGCGCCGUCGCUUCACACGUGUAGAGAUGGCCCGAGUACUCAUGGAGCGCAACCAGUACAAGGAGCGACUGAUGGAGCUGCAGGAGGCUGUGCGGUGGACUGAGAUGAUCAGAGCAUCCCGGGAACACCCAUCUGUCCAAGAGAAGAAGAAGUCUACCAUCUGGCAGUUCUUCAGCCGCCUCUUCAGCUCUUCCUCCAGCCCCCCUCCUGCCAAGCGGUCUUACCCAUCAGUGAACAUCCACUACAAGUCACCCACAGCUGCCGGCUUCAGCCAGCGACGCGGCCACGCCAUGUGCCAGAUCUCAGCCGGCAGCAGGCCCUUGGAGUUCUUCCCUGACGAUGACUGCACCUCUUCUGCCCGGCGUGAGCAGAAGCGUGAGCAGUAUCGCCAGGUGCGUGAACACGUGCGCAACGAUGAUGGCAGGCUGCAGGCCUGCGGGUGGAGCCUGCCUGCCAAGUAUAAGCAGCUGAGCCCCAAUGGGGGCCAGGAGGAUACGCGGAUGAAGAAUGUGCCAGUCCCCGUGUACUGCCGUCCUCUGGUGGAGAAGGACCCCACCAUGAAGCUCUGGUGUGCUGCCGGGGUCAACCUGAGUGGAUGGAAACCAAACGAAGAUGACUCUGGAAGUGGAACCAAACCAGCUCCAGGUCACGACCCACUGACCUGCGACCGGGAGGUAGAAGGCGAGCCCAAGAGUAACCACACAUCACCUGAAAAGAGGAAGGCAAAAGAGAUCCCUGAGACCGACGCCACGUCCAGCCGGGUAUGGAUCCUCACCAGCACCCUGACCACCAGCAAGGUGGUGAUCAUUGAUGCCAACCAGCCAGGCACUGUUGUGGACCAAUUCACAGUCUGCAAUGCCCAUGUCCUAUGCAUCUCCAGCAUCCCUGCGGCCAGCGAUGGUGACUAUCCCCCCGGGGAGAUGUUCCUAGACAGCGACGUGAACCCCGAGGACUCGGGCACUGAUGGUGUCCUGGCCGGCAUCACCCUAGUGGGCUGUGCCACCCGCUGCAAUGUGCCACGUAGCAACUGCUCCUCCCGAGGGGACACUCCAGUCCUGGACAAGGGUCAGGGGGAGGUGGCUGCCACUGCCAAUGGGAAGGUCAACCCCUCCCAGUCCACAGAAGAAGCCACAGAAGCCACAGAGGUGCCAGAUCCUGGGCCCAGCGAGCAAGCAGCAGCUGCAGUUCGACCUGGGCCCCUCACAGAGCAUGUCUUCACUGACCUGGCACCCAUCCCACCUUCUAGCACCCAGCCUGGCAGUGAGAAUGGGCCAGAAUCUGAUGGCAGCAGUGCACAGCCCCAGGCGGAGCCCACUGGGGACCCUUCAGCAGCCAGCAGCAGUGCCGCACCCACCAUGUGGCUGGGAGCUCAGAAUGGCUGGCUGUAUGUGCACUCAGCCGUGGCCAACUGGAAGAAGUGUCUGCACUCCAUCAAGCUGAAGGACUCUGUGCUGAGCCUGGUGCAUGUCAAAGGCCGAGUGUUGGUGGCCCUUGCAGAUGGAACUCUAGCCAUCUUCCACCGUGGCGAGGAUGGUCAGUGGGAUUUGAGCAACUAUCAUCUGAUGGACCUGGGCCACCCACACCACUCUAUUCGCUGCAUGGCUGUUGUGGAUGACCGCGUCUGGUGUGGCUACAAGAACAAGGUGCACGUUAUCCAACCCAAGACGAUGCAGAUUGAGAAGUCAUUUGAUGCCCAUCCAAGGCGAGAGAGCCAGGUGCGGCAGCUGGCCUGGAUUGGCGAUGGGGUGUGGGUGUCCAUCCGUUUGGACUCUACCCUGCGGCUCUACCAUGCCCACACCCACCAGCACCUGCAGGACGUGGACAUUGAACCUUAUGUCAGCAAGAUGCUGGGCACCGGCAAGCUGGGCUUCUCCUUCGUACGCAUCACAGCCUUACUCAUUGCGGGCAACCGCCUCUGGGUGGGCACUGGCAAUGGAGUGGUCAUCUCUAUCCCCCUAACUGAGACUGUGGUCCUGCACCGAGGCCAGCUCCUGGGGCUCCGAGCCAACAAGACAUCCCCCACAUCUGGGGAGGGGGCCCGUCCAGGGGGCGUCAUCCACGUGUAUGGAGACGACAGCAGUGACAAGGCUGCCAGCAGCUUCAUCCCUUACUGCUCCAUGGCCCAGGCUCAGCUCUGCUUCCAUGGGCACCGUGAUGCUGUCAAAUUCUUUGUCUCAGUGCCAGGAAAUGUGCUGGCCACUCUCAACGGCAGUGUGCUGGACAGCCCAUCAGAGGGCCCUGGGCCUGCUGCUCCUGCCGCAGAAGCAGACAGCCAGAAGCUUAAGAGUGCACUGGUGCUAAGCGGUGGUGAAGGCUACAUAGACUUCCGCAUCGGGGACGGAGAGGACGACGAGACGGAAGACAGCACUGGGGACGUGAGCCAGUCGAAGCCUGUGCUGUCCAAGGCCGAGCGCAGCCACAUCAUCGUGUGGCAGGUGUCCUACACCCCAGAGUGAACCCACCCUGCCUGAUGCCAACUGUACAUAGGACCCUGCCUGCCUGCCCCCUGCCUGUCCCCUGGGGUAGCCAGGCCUGUACAUCCCCUUCUAACCUCUCAACUUGCAGCUUUUGCCUGAGGUCCAGCCCCCAGCCGUUAGGAAGGGGUAAUGCGGGUCGGUGGGAGGGAGGGAGGCGGUAGUGGGUGGGGUUCCCAUUGGGGAGGGGGAGAGCCUCUGGGACACCCUCUCCCCAGUAGCUCCUGGCACCCAUCUUGGCAUCAACCCCAGAGGCACUUCGAGGGUACAGGACAGAGAUGGCUGUUGGUGGCCCCCAUAGGUGGGCCUGGCUCCACCUAGGGCUCCCCAGUCCUGCAGAAGCAGGUGCCUCAUCCUGCCGUCUUCCCAGUCUACUUGCUUUGCAUGCUGCCCUGGGGCAGGGGUCCUGACAUCCAUGCCGUUGUUCUCCGAGGGAUCCAGGAGGCCAGCCAGCAUCUGUUGCCCAGGUGCCUGGAUCACAGCCAGCCUUCUCUAUCCCCAAACUUCUGUUUCCAUAGCCUCCAUCCUGGGUCUCACCCUGGACCUAGCAUGAAAGCUUGGGCCAGGCACCCUGGGCAGCUGCUCCACAUGAACCAAUGCCCUUUAUCCCAAGGGAGCUGUGAUUGUCCAGCUCCUCCCAGAAGCCCCUAGGGUAGAAUUUCUCAGGCUGCCAGGGCAAGCCCAGGCCUCAGGAAGAAAGGUGGUCCUGGCCUGCCCCGGGUCAGUCCUCGGAUGCAAGGCUCAGCCUCAGGUUGAUGGGGGAUGGUGUGUUCCUGGGGCCUGCCUCCUGCACAGGGCUCCAAGGAGCCCAGCUCCCAGACACGUACUAAGUGCCUAGGGUUGCCCGCUGUGGCCUGCUCCCUUGGAGAGCAACUGACAAGGCUGCCAGGCAAGGCUAGAAGAGCUGAAGAUGGGCCAGGGUGGAUGCAGCUCUAGGCAGGGGCAGAUACCACCCUGGCAAACGCUCUGGCGGAGUGGCCUGCCCUACUGGUCUCCACACCUUCCUGGUCCUGGCCCUACUCCUCAGGGGUGCUGAUCAGGGCCAGCUGGUCCCGGCUGUCCUGCUCCCCACCAGAGAAGCACAGAUCCAGGGACAAUGAACUGUCUCUGAGCCCGACUGGCCACCACAAGCUGCAGCCGUGUGCAGCUGCAGGCUUCUCCCCACCACCCUGCCACCUCUCCACUGUGAUGUAUGUCCCUUGUCUGUUCCCACAAGUGUGAAGUGACAGGUCGGGUGGGUGGGUGCAGAUGGGGGAAGGGCCGGUGCAACUCUCCUCAGGCUUUGGCCCUGCAAGUAAAACCCACAUAUCUGCUCUGUACGUAAUAAACAUCUUACCACAGUG